ACGACAUCUAAAUGCGUGGUUUACAAUUUUCCCUCGACUCACGGUAAUCAGUACCUAGGUAGGUGUGCAACUGUGACCCCCCACAAGGGCGCCAGUGUUCUAUCUAGGUAUCUAUCUAUCAGGGACUCAGGACUGUACACACUCGUGUACACUAUCAGGCCCCUCUCCAGAUGAAUUAACCUACCAACCUAGAAACCACUUUGCAUGCGCCCCUCGAACGGUCACAAACACGAGUACAGAGAAGACUGGCCACACCGAUGUAUCCAUCUCGCGUGCACGCUCCCAUCUCAUCCACUCCCUCGGCGGAGGAUUUCUUCUCUUCUGCCCUUUCGAACCUCUUCACCGACGACCCUCAAACCCAUCACGGUGUGCCCGGGCAGUCGGUGUACUAUGACUCUCCUCGGUUCGGUAGACUAUCUCUGCGCAUCCCCGAACACCCCGAUGCCGAAGAAGGUCGUAGACUCUUUGCCUACAACCUGUGGAACGGGGGUGUGGUGGCCGCCGAUGCCAUCGAGGUGGCCAGUGCCAACGACGACGGCGGCGGCGGCAGCCACCCGCAGCCUCAGGCUCUUGACCGGGCCACGAGUCGAGAAGAGAAUGACAACUGGAACCCACGGUACUGGAGCGUGAAAGGGAAAUCAACACUUGAGUUGGGCGCCGGAGCCGCAUUACCGAGUAUAAUAGCAGCCUUGUCGGGCGCGAAGAGCGUGACGAUAACGGAUCACCCUACUAGCACCGCCUUGACAAUGGGUGCGAUCGAGCAGAACGUCCACACCAACCUCCGUCUUCCCACGUCUGGAGUAAGACCCAGUACCGACACUACCAACCCACAGGUGCCCGAGGAUCCAGCGUUUCGCAACACGUCUACACCGCAGGCACCUCUAGAAAAUCAAGAUCAGACAACCCAAUCGGACGUAUCGCAGAGGCAGACGUUGCCAAUGAAACCCAAAACCGAGUCCUCGGUUUCAGUGUACGGAUACACAUGGGGAACGACGACGUUCUACCUACCCAACACUUACGGCAUACCGGUGCCGGACCAACCCAGCUCGUUUCAGCGGAUCAUCAUAGCCGAGUGUCUAUGGAUGCACGAACAGCACGUCAACAUUUGCAAGACCAUUCUUGAUUAUCUCCCACGCCACGACGAUGGCCACGACGAUCCCGACCCUGUCGGUGACUCCUCUUCCUGUGCUCUCUUCGUCGCCAGUUUCCCCAACGGUAGAGAAAUAGUCAGGAGGUUCUUCGACAUCGCAACAGGGGAAGAAGACAUAUUCUCACCUGCACAAGCACAAUCACAAAACGAGGUCCAGGCCAAUGAUGAUGAUGUAGACGACGAACACGAUGAGGAUGACGACGACGACGACGAUGAAGAAGUACGCUCGGUCAAAGGGAAAUUAAAGGCAGUCGAGAUAUUCGAGGUCGAUAUGAAUGGCGUCCGGAGAGCAUGGGCACCCCGGCGGGCUGGUGAAGAUAAAUACAUAGCGAAUCGAUGGUGUGUAUGUGCCGUGCUAGUCCGGCGCGGUAAAUAGUGCAGUGCGUAUGUCUUGCUUUGGGGUCGGACAGAAUAACCUCGGACGAAGCAGUAAGGGCACCUACAAAAAAACCCUCAGGGAGCCCUACGCCGCGUACUCAAUCGAUCAUGUGAAUGAAGCAACAAACCCCUCGUUUUGAGCAGCAUUCGGAUCAGAAUACAUAUUCUUCCAAGAGCAUUUCUGAUUCUACAAGUAGCAGG